GCCUAUUCGACGCGAAGACGAUAAUAGCACCGAAGAUAUGAACAUACAUCAAUAACCAAACCUUCGACUAAGGAAGGAUUCGCACAAGUGCUGUCUAUUCAUUCCCAUCCACCGCAUCGUGAUAACGCAACGCCGGAUACUCCCUACGAGGACGAUCCUCGUACCUCUCCAAAACGACAUGUCUUUCGUCCGUCACCCACCAGAAGAGUAUCCCCCAAAGAAACCCAAGCGAUCGACCAAUGUACCGCAUAAGCGCUGUCCCUUCAUUUCCAUCCAGCACAUCAUGAUACCCCACAGCCGGAUACUCCCUACCAUGACGAUCCUCAUACCUCUGCGGAACUACCUGUCUUUCGUCGCUUGUCGACCUAAAGAGAUUCCACCCAAGAAACCCAACCCAUCCACCAGGAACGAUCCGCACAAGCGCUGUCCCUUGAUUCUCAUCCACCGCGUCAGGAUAACACACAGCUGGAUAUUCCCUACCACGGCGAUCCUCAUCCCUCUCCGGGACUACCUGUCUUUCGUCCAUUGCCCCCCAGGAGAGAGUACUCCAGGGAAACUCAAUCCAGCCCCUCCCUUCUUCCUCCUCCUCCCCCUCCUCCUCUUCUUCAUGCUCUUCUCCAUGCUCUUCUCCAUGCUCUUCUCCAUGCUCUUCUCCAUGCUCUUCUUCAUACUCUUCUUCAACAUCGCCUUCACCACCAGUACCACCAAAAUCCUCAACCCCCGACCAACUCCCCACAUCAGGACCGCCACUCCUCCAUCUCAAACGGUCACCCCUCUCUUCUGGAAGACCCAACACCCGGCUGUUGAUGGGUCCACGGUACAUCGACCCUGUCGCAUCUCCCCGGCUAUCUCGACUAGGAGUGCUCUUUUUCUUUGUCGAUCUACCGCCCCCGGCGCGUCGCGCCCUAGAGGCAGAAGCAGAGGCAGAGGCAGAGGCAGAUUUCCCCCCCCAAUUCGACCGACAUGAAUAUCAGGGCCCUGGCUUGUAAACACUUCGUAGACUCGCUGGAGCGGGCUCCACUCGAACAGCCUUUCCGGCUUGGGGGUUCUGUCCCAGAUCAAACCCCAGUUUU